AUGCGACUCAGCCGUUUGGCUUGGAACUCGGUCACCAGAGCAACAAUUGAAAAUUGCUGGAAACACACUGGGAUAACAUCUAAAUCCGAUGAGGUUAAUUCAACCAACAACAAAAACACAGAUGUCAGCAUGAAUCUAGCGCAAACAGAAUUAGAAACCAAAGCGACUAGACUCGAGGCACUCAGGAUAGUGAACAAAACAAACCAAAUGUUGAUUUCCGAGCUUCUCAACCCCAUUGGCGAGACUCAAGAAUAUGGUCUUCUCUCACUGGAUGAAGUUUUCCAGCUGCAUCAAGAGUCAAACAGUAACGAUAUUGAAGUCCUUGAAGACGAGCCUCCACCAGUUCCAAAGCCAACAAUCAAGGAAAUUUCUUCAAGUACAGCUAUUGUUCCAGAGACUAUUUCUCUUUCGCCUGGCCAAUCCCUCGAACAAAAACCUCUUGUUGGAAUAGAUUGGGCGGCAUGGAAAUAUCUUGUCGCUAUGUUUAUGUUGGAGUUCGCUAUAUGGGGUUUUAGUGCUUCUUAUGGCGUCUUACUCGACUUCUACCUUCACUCAAAGUUUCAGAGUGAACCUGGGGCCUCGAUUAUCUUACCCUCUGUCGGGACUGUCAACACUGGGAUCAUGGCUUCUCUGGUACCGGCGAUCACAAUGGUCACCAAUUUUUAUCCCAGAUCAAAAAUACCGAUUACCUAUGUCGGAUUAGUGAUUUUUUUGGGUAGUAUAUUUCUAUCCAGCUUUUCUCAAAACAGUAUCCACGUUCUGCUGACGUUGGGUCUGGGCUUUCAUACCUUCCGGGAUGGUUUUCGGAACGUAGGGGCCUGGCCAACGGUGUCAUCUUUUCUGGUUGGUCUUUUUAUAUUUCUCCCCCUGAAUCUUAUCGGAGCAUGUCUAACCGGGGAACGCAAAAUGUCAGGAAGCGGAAUAGGCGGACUAGUAUUUCCCAUCAUUUUAGAGAUCCUUCUACCAAUGGAUGGUGCUGGAAAGGCUUUGAAGUACUGUGCAUUGGUGCUGACAGUCAUGUGCGGAGUCGCAGCGUAUGUGAUCAAACCUCGUUCUGUCACACCGCCCCAACUACUGGCACAGGCAAAUUCUGGAAAUUUUCUCGCGGCAUUCGGAGAUGUCGCCGUUUUCAAGGAUACAAGUUUUUGGUGCUUCAUACUUUCCAACACUCUUCAGGCCUUGGCCAGCUUUUUGCCGGCACUUUAUCUUCCCAAUUAUGCCCAUUCUAUUUCCCUGGGACCUUCAUCUGGGAUGAUCCUCCUCGCUUCGCUCAGUGUAUCUAGUAUCUUCUCCAAAAUAAUUUUCGGGAUUUUAUCCGACCACUUUUCACCUUAUUUGAUCGGAUGCUACACAAGCGCAGCUGCAAGUCUCAGUGUUUUUGGAAUCUGGGGUGGUCUAGGAUCGACAGGACUAGCGAGCCUGAUUAUGUUUGCGAUCGUUUUUGGGGGAACUUCUGGCUGCUGGACAACCCUUUAUUUUUCUAGAAUACAGAGAUUAAAAGUGGAUGAAAACACCACCAUGACAAUGUACAGCGCAUUCUCAAUGACACGGGGAAUCGGAAAUAUAAUUUCUGGACCGGUUUCCUCUGGAUUGAUGCGUGUGAAAUUACCUGCGCCUGUUGGGACAGGCUUUGCGGCGCUUGAUAACAAGUACUCCAGCCUGAUAUUCUUCUGUGGGGUUCUUAUGACCUCGACAACUAUCCUCGAGGGUUACCUUUAUUAUAAGACUCGCUUAUCAGUUGUAAAAUCAUCAAAACAUAGUCUUGCCUGA